AUGUCAGCUCCAGGAAGCUCCACUCUUCGCAAGAAGAGAAAGAUUGCCGUCCUCGGCUCACGAUCAGUCGGCAAAUCGUCCCUGAUCGUACGAUACGUCGAGGACGCCUUUGUCGACUCCUACUACCCAACCAUCGAAAACAUCUUCCAGAAAACCAUCACACACAAAGGUCAAGAAUACGACUGCGACAUCAUCGACACCGCAGGCCAGGACGAAUACUCGAUCCUCAACUCGAAACACGCCAUCGGCAUCCACGGCUACAUGCUCGUCUACAGCAUCGCAUCGCGCAACAGCUUCGACAUGGUGCAGACCGUCUACGACAAGAUCCUCAACUAUACCGGAACCGAAUCGGUACCCUGCGUCAUCGUCGGGCAGAAGAGCGAUCUGCACGUGCAGAGGCAGGUCAGCGAAGCAGAGGGAAAGCAGCUGGCGGCGCAGUUGAAGGCCGCUUGGAUCGAGGUCAGUGCGAGGCACAAUGCGAAUGUCGCAAAGGCUUUCGAGUCUAUGUUGGGUGAAACGGAUAAGGGUACAACCGAGGGUGGUCCCGAGCCACAACCUAGCAAGUGCAUCGUCAUGUAA